GAGAACGCCUUUGACUCUCCCGGCCUGCAACGGCAGCGCCCGCGCUGUGGGCGACACGGGUGAGGGGCGGCGCUCCGCCCCGCGGCGUGGGCAGUCGGCGUCGCGGGAAGGAGAGCUACUCACACCGCUUGGGGCGGAGAGAGACGUUGGGGACGGGGAGAGGACCCCUUCGCCCCGGCAAAAAGAAGGUCGUUGACUUGGGUGCAAUGUCUGAACAAGAGCGUGUACAGGAAUGCCUGAGGAAAGAAAUAAGGGCACUUCUCAUUUCCACCAAAGAUGGUUUGACCCCACAGCAGUUGGAAAAGGAGUACCUUUUGAUGGUUGGCAGCCAUUUGCCACUCCGAAUCCUUGGCUAUCGGUCAACUAUGGAGCUGGUGUUGGACAUGCCUGAUGUUGUCACUGUCUGCCCCUGUGGGGAUGGUACUGUAAUACUGAAAGCCAUUCCAGAUGAAUCCACCAAAGGAAUAGCAAGUUUGGUUGCAAAACAGAGGAGCAGCCAUAAGGUUCGAAACUCCGUGCAGAAGGGAAGGGCCAGUGUUUGCUCUGGGCCGAGCUCCCGUCGGCGAGUACCUUACCGAGGAAGGGUGCCCCCCAUUCUUCCAGCUGUUGUGAAGAAGCAGACCAGAGCAGGUUCUUUGUUGAUGCUAAAGAAGAGCGUAUCAGAGGAAAAGCAGAGAAGAUGGCCAGCAGGAGGGAAAAUGUUUACUCAGCCUUUUCAAAUGAAACAGGGGUCAUACUCCACAGGCUCCCCAGUUGCAAAGGCUUGCUUUUCACAACCCACUUCAAACAUGGAACUACCGAAGCAAAUAUUGAACGUGGAAAAGACUUUUAAGUCAAAUGCAGUAGAGACUUCAAGGCUGAAUCACACUGAAAAAUUAAACCAGCUGGAGAACACAUUCAAAUCGGUUAUUGCACAAAUUGGACCUGGAGGGACUAUCAAUCCAGAACUAAAACAUAAGAUAAGAUUUGUUGUAUCCAAGUUUCCAGAGGGCUUGCUUAUUUCUAAACUGCUCAGAGAGUUUGAGAUAAUCUUUAAAGAGCAACUUUCACCAAAAAAAUUGGGCUUCUUAAAUGUGACAGAACUUGUUGGAGCUCUUAGUGACAUUCUCCGUGUUGAGUUCAGGGAAGGAGAACAAGACUUACUGGUGUUUGAUGCCGAUAUGAAGCCACUACCACCUGAUGGAGACGUUUCAUCAGUCAGAAAUUCAUGUUUAGUUCAAUCGGAUAAGAAAAUAGAAGUCAAAGCUUAUGUCUCCAGUCCCCCUAGAAAUUCACUGUCUACUGCUGCUGUCGAGGAGACUGCAUGGGAUUGUCCUCCUAAAAAACAUAAGGAGCCAGAACAGAAGAUUUGCAAGAAGCCUAAUCUGGUGGUAAAACCUUUACAGCUGCAAGUAGAAGUUAACAAGUCACAGCUCAACCUGGCAAUGGCCAAUCGUGAUAUCCCACCAGAUGCUGUACGGGACAAGAAAUUAUGCAGACUGCCACCAUUAGAUACCAGUACCCUUGUGGGGGUCUUCGUGGAGUAUAUCAUCUCUCCUAGUCAAUUCUAUAUCCGAAUCUAUAGCAGGGAUUCAUCUGAGUUACUUGAAGACAUGAUGAUUGAGAUGCGGCGCUGCUAUUCUAAUCAGCUGGUUUCUGCGUACGCCAUGCCGGAGUAUUUCAUCCAACCAGGACAUCUCUGUUGUGUAAGGAUUUCUGAGGAUAAGUGGUGGUAUCGGGUCAUUAUCCAUCAAGUCCUUGGGAAGCAGGAAGUUGAAGUAUUCUACCCAGACUUUGGAAAUAUUGGAACUGUUCAGAAGUCCUCCCUGAGGUUUCUCAAGUGCUGCUACACAAAGCUUCCAGCUCAGGCUAUCCCUUGUUCUUUGGCUUGGGUGAGACCAGUAGAGGAACAUUGGACGUCCAGAGCUAUUUUGCAGUUCCAGAAGUUGUGUGGUUUGAAGCCAUGUGGGGUAGUGGAUGAAUAUGUAGACGGAAUCCUUAACAUUUUUCUGUGUGAUACAUCCUCAAAUGAAGAUGUCUAUUUCCAUCAUGUCUUGAGAACGGAGGGCCAUGCUAUUGUAUGCCGAGAAAAUGUCCCUUCUAAGGGUUUCAGAGAACUCAACCCUUUAGCUUUAUAUACUAAAUCCAGUGCAGGGCCAGAGGAUGUGGUCCUGACAGAACUGGGUUAUCCUUCCCAGCAGCACUAUUUUAAUGAAGACCGAGAGAUUAGUCCACAAUCUAAGGAGAGUGAAUUAUAUACCCUGCAAGGUGUUAAUGAUGAAAUGGCUUUCACUCACCUUGAAUCUGAAUUAAAGGAGCCAUUAAAGGAUUCUGAAUUCAAUUCUUUGAAAACCCAAGAUAACCGCUGUGAAGAAGAUCCAAAGUGGUCCAUCCCAGAGCUAAAGGAUCUGAAGGAAGAAAAUGAGGAUGAGAUCCCCACUGGAAUGCCAUGCCUGGAAUCAGUGACUAUUGGUGAUGAUGUUUGGGAUGAGAACUGGUUACCUCUGCAGGCUAAAAUGGGAAAAGGGGGCGAUGCUGCUUCCCACUUACUUACCUCAAGUCUUGGUGGAAAGAAACCGUACCCAUCAUGUAAAGAAAUGCCACAGAAGGAUUGGUGCUUUUCUGGACCCAAAGAUAUAUGGGAUGAUUCAUGGCAGCCUUCAGGCCUUGUGAAUGGAAUGAAAGUAGAAAUUCAAAAACAAGAGGGAUUGGGUGCUCAGCAAAAAAAUACUGGCACAACCAGGAUUCAGAAGCAGCCAAACCUAGAGAGUUCUUCGAUUCUUCCACAUUGCCCAAGUUGAGGAGUUCUAUACUCUCUGAUACGGUCGCAGCAGUCAGCGGAAGGGAGCCAGCCCGAGGCCAGCAGCAUCCAGACUCCGGCCAAGCCCGUUCAGCUGUCCUCAGCAGCCCUUAGUGCAACGCCUCCGGUGCUUGAUCCUGCAGAAAAACGCUCUGGUUCAGUGGAGAGCUCUCCAGAGAGCCUAAAGAAUGAUUUCUCUAGUAGCCAUGCUAUUACAGUAUUCAAAGACAAGAGUCACGGAGCCAUGGACCAGCUCUCUUUGAUCUUGUCUCCUGAGCACCAGAUUUCCCAGAAGCUCUACAUUCCUCGGAGCACAGCCACUGCUGCCUUAGGAGCUGCUGCACGGUUAGCCACCUCCAAGAGCCUCUUACACUGGUACCCCAGUGUGAAAAGGAUGGAAGCAUGAGGGAGGGAGGAGGGGAGAAAAUAAUAAGCCAGGUGCUUUAGGGCUUGGUGAUUUCCCAAGGUCAAAACGAGGAGGUAUUGAGACAAAACGGUAUUUUGAUAGUUGAUGCCUUUGUCUUUCUGUGUGAUCGUAUGUUAGCUUUAUUUUGCAAACAGUGUACUUUGUUGUGUAAGUAUUGAUAUUUAAUGUUAGUUUUAAUUUUUAUUGACAGUGUUUCUUAUUCCAUAUAAUUUUGUUCACCUUAAUGUAGUUUAAAGGAAUUUUUAUUUUUUGUUGUUUUUGUGUGUGUUUCUAUAAAUGUUUUUCUUGUACAUAUCAUGACUGAUAAAACUGAAAAACUAAUGUUUUGUGAUCCAUAUUUAGUAAGACAAAAAUUAUCUCAGAUUCUUAUUUCCAGAAAAAGGAUGUCUGAAUUAUAAAGACUGCUUUUUCUUUUUCAUUUGAAAUUUUCUAUAUCAUAGAGAUAAUUCAGGGCUCCAAUUCUUACCAUUAUUAUUUCUUUGAAAUGCUAGGAUCAGUCAGAAAGUCCACAUCCUGAAGCUUUGGUCAUGUAAACACUUGCACAUUUAAAAAAAUGUAAGUAGUCUUUCAGUACAGGCAGUUUCCUGAAGACUAAUAACAAAAUUCUAGAGACUGGUUGUUGAAACUUGCCUGCACCGUCUCUGUAGGCCUCCCAGGAGCUUCAUUGUUUAAGCAUCUGUGGGACAUGGUGUUCUCUGAAGUCAAAUUGUGUGAAACACCAUAUAGCUAAAGGUAUGAACUAUCAAGAAUAAACAAGAGACCGAAAGGUGAAAUUAAAGAAUAUGAAUGGUACUAGUUUAAAUUCUUUGUGGUAAAAUACUGGACUUAUCCCCAAAUUUAAAAAAAUUGAAUACAGAUGCAUUUCUUGGAGUAAAAUCUGAGAAAGAGCUGUGAAUUACUCGUGUGCCGAAUAUAACUCGAUUCUCACCUUCCAGACCCCUCCUCUAAGGCCUCCUGUUUCAGUAUUACAUGGCAGAGCUGGCCCCUACUUCCUUUCUCUCUUUCUACAGUAAGGAUUUCUCUUCAUCUGAACAACUUAAUCAGCAAAAUGUCCACUGAGGAAGGGGGUGAGAUGAAAGUAAAUAUGAAGUACAUUUAAAUUUAGACUAUUACUGGCUGAAACUUCUUUCUUAGAAUUAAGCAAUUAUGAAACAAAGUUAAACCUUGAGUCUCUAACUACUGAUGUGUUUUGGUUUAAAAACCUUAGAGAAAACAUAUUUAAUACAAUAAAAUUUAAAAAUCCAGAUUCAUCUUAAAUUCCAGUAUAUCUGUAAGAAUGAUGAUAUUCUAAUUAACAACAAAAAAAGGUAAUCUGGAAACACCACUGAUAGUUGAUCCAACAGAAAGAACAGGUUCCCAUUGGGGUUUUUUGUGAUUUUAUAUCAGACAUCUUUAUUGGAGAAGACAGCUGGAAAGUUACAUGAAAGUUAAAUAUAGGACAGUUAAAUAUCAUUUAUGAUAAUCGAAACUGGAAAAGUUCUGUUUUUCAUGUAGGUUUAGGUAAUUACCCACAACUUGUUUCUAAAGAAGAAAAUUCAUUUUGGAAUAUGCUUCUUAGAAUUCUUCCUUUAAAGAAGCCAGGUUUGAGUAAUAUACUUCACUUCUCCAGAUGGGCAGUCAUUGGGGUUGGGGCAAAGUGAAUCUGGUAAUAUUUACAUAUUUAGUAGGUCAUACUAUAACUCUCUCUGUAAUAGCAUGAGCUACCAGGAGGAACUCUGCCAAUGCUGGCUAACCUGGCAGCAACUAAUUUUACACUUUGCCAGUUAGAUGGGGGGUUAUGGAAUCAGUGUGCUAAUAAGGCUCAUUGUAAUCCCAUCCAUUUGCAAAUGGCCAGAUAGACAAUCGUUUUAGACAGAGGCAUCUCAAACUCAUGAGUGUCAAUACACUUUGAAAGAAGCCUAUUUAUAAAUUAAUAGUUAACAUCCUGAGUGAGCAGAGUGAAGAAUGAACCUCUGAGAGGCUUGGACAGCCUAUCUGCCAAUUUGUUUACCUACCUUCUCCAAUAAGGUGGGUUUUGCUUGGUAGUUAACUAAAAUAGCCCAAAGUAUCAAAAAAAAAAAAAUGUACUAGAUCAUUUGAACUUGAAUAAAUAGAUUCAUGUAUAUGGGCAGGAAUAGCAAUAAGAAAUGUUAAAAAGGUAGAUGCUCUGCAGUUUAGGGUUAAGUUAAUUAUAUUGUACAAAGAUGGGUUGACAUGUUUUAUACUUACAACAGUCCCCCUCCCCAUAUUUUUGUUGUUAAGGAUCCAUCAGAAGUAAUGGAGUUCCCCAAGAAGUGUUGACUGAGAAGUGGGAGCUUGAGUGUGUGAGAGGGAAUGGGGAUGAGAACAUAAAGGAAAAUCCUGGUUAUAAACUCUUUAGGGAUGGAAGAAGGAGUAGCUUUACUAAUAACCACUCAGGUUUUAAAUCCAGUGGCUUGUAACCAAUACCUGUCUCCCAUCUAAAAACACAUCAUGGGAUAUCAAAAGAGGGGCCCUUCCAGCUGCAGUCAGCUAUGCCUGUACCCACCCUGUGACUCUCACAUCUGAGAUGCCGCUGCCCAUUUCAAGGCAUAGGGAUAACUAGAGGCUUCUGCCUAUAGUCAGAUUCUGUCUAACCUGAAGACUUAGAAUUAGAGUUUUAAUCUAAAGGGGUCCUUAGAUGAAGAAAAUUGAACCCUAGAAAGACUGAAUCAUCUAUGGUCACAUGCCUUAAAUUCCCUUACGGGCUGACUCUUAGCUCAGCACCCUUUCCACAGGAAAAUAUUGCAACUCUGUCUUGUGUAGUUUAAAUGAUUUGGUGCCAGAAGACAUAGUUUGGUAGAUAAGCCCAAAAGAAUGGUGGUUCUGUUAGCUGAGCAAACCCCUGGUGUUGGAAGGGAGAGAGAUUGAUUUUUACAAGAUCUUGUAUUCUUGAAUGUGGCUAGCUUAAAUAACAGUGGGCCAAUUCUGUGGCUAAAGAAUCUGAAUGGUGUGGGCGGCACGGUAAGGGAUGAGAAACCAGCAUCUUACAGAGCAGUUUUCAGCUUCCUCCUGACAUUUAUACAUGUAUAGCCAGGCUUUUCUAACAAACUUUUGAUAUCUUUUCAGAAUUAAAUUCAUCUUAUUUAUGCAUACAGUGUCGUGGACAGCAUUAUUCAUAAUUUUGCAGGAGCCAUCACUGAGACAAUUCAAAAUUUUCAUUUCCUGGAGCCCGUUCAGAUCUUGACGUUUUCCAAGAUGCCAACCAAAGUGCAUAGCAACUCGAUCUGCCUGUAUUCUUUGAACAUAGCCCUAUUCCUAACAGUUGGGUGUCAUUUGUCUCAUUUAGUCAGUCACCAGUCAACCUAGGAAGCUCUUGGUGUCAUUAGCCUAUUGGAACCAGAAUACUUUAAAUUCUGCUAUUUUUAACCAGGUAGACAAAUUAUUUUAACUUCUCAGUCAAGGUGUUCUCUAACAUUUAGAAACACAGUUGACUUAUGUGCCACUUUUCACAUGAAAUUGAGUGUUUGACCCACUUCAAACCUGAGUGGAGAAUUUAUUCACAGCUAAAAUUUCUUGGUUGUAAGCAUAGUUUUCAAGAAAUGCUUUUAGGUUUCUGUUUGGUAUAAACUUUGUUUUAAAUUUUGGUUAAAAUUUUUAAAAAUAUUUUUUAAUUUAUGGAAAAAUGUUUAUAAGGAACUAUGUUUACUUGAUUAUUAUGUCUUAGUGCAAUUUAGAUAAAUAAUUUGAUGAGGAAACCAAACUUAGGACUCUUUCUCUGCUCUCUAAACUUUUGUUAUGGAACUAAUGGGAAGUUAUUGGGAUCAAUAUGAUUGGCCUAAUGUUUGGAAUUUGUAACAGCAUUUUGUUUGAUUUAUAUAUUUAUGAAGUUGGAAUUUGUGUUGUCAAAAAAUGUCGAGGUGUUUUUUUGUAACUAGCUUUUGUUGUGAUGAUUCUGCAGGAAUGAACAUUUCACUUAAAUAUGUGACCCAAAGAACUUAGUUGACUAAAAUACAAAAUUUGCUUAUAUAGUUGUGCAAACAGAUUUAACACUCUUACUGGAUAAAAUA